AUGAGCGAAGUUGAGAUUAAGAGUGGAACCACCGAUCACCUUCAGACCCGUCUUAUUCAGUUGCAGAAACAAGUGAAUGCGCAGGCCCAGCGCAUUGCUGAACUGGAAGCAAAAAGAAAACACCCUCUCAACGCGGUCUUAGGUAACGUGGCAAGCCUAGAUAAGCUGGAUCUCUUGGCCGAGGUGUCAAAACAACAGUUUCAGAUAGCCAACUUGGAAAACGCCAAUCGAGAAUUAGAAAUGCAAGUGGAACGUCUGAAGGCAAGCUUCCUCUUUGUAUCUGUGCUAAUACUUCUGUUCAGCUCCAAAGCAUUAUGUCAACUCGGAAUCCCUCCAACAUCCAGUUCACGUUAUAACCCUCUGUACAACCACAAGAGUCUAGCUAAUUCUCGCUCAUAUAUGCUUUCUCCUACUCUGAAUUCAACAAGCCCUCAACCACCAGCCGAACAUAGCUGUCUAGACCCCAUUGGAAGAACAUUACAGAAUGAGGAUACGCAAUAUUUCCGUCCUAGCCUAAUCGGUGGAGGUCAGUUCAAAUCAGUUAGUCUUAAUGAGCUUCGACAUCAUCGUGUGCCUCAAAUUGAGGGCACUUUACUGCAUCGUAUUCCCGGGCCCAUAGAUUGGACAGACAGUUAUCGUGGCUAUCCACCGUUUUCAUGUGAAAGUCCGUAUACAUCGGUUUAUGCCUCGCCUCCACUACACUCACCGCAAAUCCCAGGUUUAGGUCCGUUAGACCGUUUACCUCCUCAGUAUGCCAGUAAUUAUCAUAGACAAGCGUAUCUCACCACUCGAGCCCGUAGCCCUCCACCAACGCGAACUGACGAUCGAGCCCAGGAAACUCGUGAUGAUUCCGCUGGACGACAUAUUUCGGACACAACAAACGCUACAGAAUCACACUCUAAACCCUCAUGCGACACAAAAUCUCUACCCAUAAGGAGAAGCACAGCUCCACUGCCUGUGCCUGAGGACUUGAAUAAUUUUCCGACGCCUCCUAUCGGUCGUCGCAUGUUGCCCGCCUCUCCACACAGAAUCUCAGUUUCCAAUAGUGUUCCAGGCCGUCAAACCUUACCGGUCGAUGUGAAUGCUGAUCAGGUGCAGAAUAAAAGAGAUGAACGUGAGUGGCACACUGCUUUUCACGUCCCAGAGCCUCGAGGACAUUCGGUUGUCAAUGGGACUGUGAUGACUUCCAUUUCGUCAGAUCCGGAAUUAGGGCAAAUUCAUGAAAAGUUGUUCACCCUAUCGGCUAGCUCACCAGACUCCACAGAAAUCUCAGUACGUAUGGCUUCUGAACAGACUCCUAAAUCUGAAUGCAUUGAUUUUAUACACUGGGACAAAGAUAUGGUAUCCGCUUGGUUGUACGAACUCGGUCUGGGCUAUUCGGUCCCGUAUACACGUCGAUGGCUUCAGCAUGGCUCGGAUCUGGUCCACGCGUCGCGUAAAGAAAUCGAACAGGUAUGCAACUCGAGCAUCCCAGUGACUCGUUUGCCGACUAUUGUUUGUAUCCCGGUUAGAUUGUGUAUGUGUUUCAACCUUCUUGUUUACAUAUCGAGUGCCAUUCCUGAUCGUAUCGUGGCAAAAGGUGACACAUCAUGA